GAGAGGCAGUGCUGGCUCGCGGGGAAGUACCGUACUAGCAGGUCCUGCUGGAUUUACUUUGUAUGUUAUUUUCCACCAAACCCAUAAAACACCCCAGUCGCUGGAUUCAACAGCUUUGACAGAUAGCACAGUCCCAACGCGUUCUGCAGCCAUGGCGGAGGACCUGAGCUCCCAACCAUGGUCUAUCAACAAGGAUGAUUAUGAGCUAUUGGAAGUGAUUGGGAGCGGGGCCACGGCUGUGGUACAGGCAGCCUACUGUCUUCCUCGCAAGGAGAAGGUAGCCAUCAAACGGAUCAACCUGGAGAAGUGCCAGACCAGCAUGGAUGAACUUCUGAAGGAGAUCCAGGCCAUGUCUCAGUGCCACCACCCCAACAUUGUGUCCUACUACACCUCCUUCGUAGUGAAAGAUGAACUGUGGCUGGUCAUGAAGCUACUGAGUGGAGGCUCUGUGCUGGACGUGAUCAAACACAUCAUAUCGAGAGGAGAGCAUAAGAGUGGUGUUCUGGAUGAGUCCUCUAUAGCCACCAUGUUAAAAGAGGUCCUGGAAGGAUUGGAUUACCUUCACAAGAACGGCCAGAUUCACAGAGACCUGAAGGCUGGCAACAUCCUGUUGGGGGAGGACGGGUCCGUCCAGAUUGCAGACUUUGGUGUCAGCUCCUUCCUGGCCACCGGCGGUGACCUCACCCGGAACAAGGUCCGCAAGACGUUUGUCGGCACGCCGUGUUGGAUGGCCCCGGAGGUCAUGGAGCAGGUCAGGGGUUAUGACUUCAAAGCAGACAUCUGGAGUUUUGGGAUCACAGCCAUAGAGCUGGCAACAGGCUCCGCCCCUUACCACAAGUACCCCCCCAUGAAGGUGUUGAUGCUCACCCUGCAAAACGACCCCCCAUCAUUAGAGACCGGGAUCCAGGACAAGGAGAUGGUGAAGAAAUAUGGCAAGUCCUUCAGGAAGAUGAUCUCACUCUGUUUACAGAAAGACCCUGAGAAAAGGCCUACCUCUGCAGAGUUGUUGAAGCAUAAAUUCUUUCAGAAAGCAAAGAACAACGAGUUCCUACAAGAGAAGCUUCUUCAACGGGCUCCCACAAUCACAGAGCGCUCUAAAAAGGUCCGCCGGGUGCCAGGGUCCAGCGGUCGUCUCCAUAAGACGGAGGACGGGGAAUGGGAGUGGAGUGAUGAUGAGCUGGACGUGGAGAGUGAGGAGGGAAAGGCUGCUGUCGCUGCACUACGGUCACCCAGGGUCAAGGAGAGUCUACAGGACUCAGAGCCUGAUGACCAGUGCCUGCUUGCUGUGGCACCACAGGGGUUCCUGACACCCAAUCCAUUGAGAAGUUGUCUGACAGCUCCCGGCCAAGCAGAACUACCUCAGGCUGCUGGCCAGGCCAGGGCUCCACCUGCCCCCGGCCCGGCCAAUGCCCAUGCUUCAGGUCCCACGCUGAGCCCUCCUGCUGCCACCACACAGGCCCCAGCUGCUACAAGUGCCAUUAGCUUGGUGUUGAGGUUGAGAAACCUGAAGAAGGAGCUCAAUGACAUCCGCUUUGAGUUCAUGCCAGGAAGAGACACUGCAGAUGGAGUCUCUCAGGAGCUGGUGUCAGCCGGCCUGGUGGAUGGAAGAGAUGUGGUUAUAGUUGCUGCUAAUUUGCAGAAAAUAGUGGACGAGCCACAAACCAAUAAAAAUGUCACUUUCAAGCUGGCGUCUGGUGUGGAAGGGUCCGAGAUCCCAGACGAUGUUAAGCUGAUGGGCUUCGCUCAGCUCAGCAUCAGUUAAACAGCAGACCCCCCCCUGGGGCCUGGAUUUGCCUAACUAAAUGUGAAAAUGUCAAAACAACAGUAGAGUUUAAAUGCAUUUGUUUCUUUCAAUGGCUGUUCAGAAACCACUGCUGCCAAAGAAACCACAACCGUUCCUCUUUGAUUAAGAUGUUCUGCUCUGACUGUCCUGGUGUUGGGUUGCUGGGCUUAGAGCCCCCAGGCAUCACACAAUAGGAAUCACUUAAACUAUGUUUACACUUCAUUAGUAGAAUGACACUAUGGGUAUCUAUGUAGGAGAAUCAGUUAUUUACACACAAUGUUCUCACAUUAUUCUGUUCUGUUUGUGUUCUGUAAUACGUGAUGCAUUUGCACAAUCUUAACUAACCCCAGAAAGCCCUUAAGUCCUGGUAAAUGUAAAAAUGCCUUAUGAUGUUCAUUGAUCUACUGAAUAAAGGUUAUAAAAGGGGAGGGGUUUCUGUUUUGGGGCCUUCUGAUGUACAUAUCAUACCAGCCUGCUCACUAACAUUACACUUUCACUUGUCUUCUAUUGUUCUGGGGGAGGUGGAGUAGGGUACAUAGGUGUUUAUUGUUCUGGGGGAGGUGGAGUAGGGUACGUAGGUGUUUAUUGUUCUGGGGGAGGUGGAGUAGGGUACGUAGGUGUUUAUUGUUCUGGGGGAGGUGGAGUAGGGUAAGGUGGAGUAGGGUACGUAGGUGUUUAUUGUUCUGGAGGAGGUGGAGUAGGGUACGUAGGUGUUUAUUGUUCUGGGGGAGGUGGAGUAGGGUAAGGUGGAGUAGGGUACGUAGGUGUUUAUUGUUCUGGAGGAGGUGGAGUAGGGUAAGGUGGAGUAGGGUACGUAGGUGUUUAUUGUUCUGGGGGAGGUGGAGUAGGGUACGUAGGUGUUUAUUGUUCUGGAGGAGGUGGAGUAGGGUACGUAGGUGUUUAUUGUUCUGGGGGAGGUGGAGUAGGGUAAGGUGGAGUAGGGUACGUAGGUGUUUAUUGUUCUGGGGGAGGUGGAGUAGGGUACGUAGGUGUUUAUUGUUCUGGGGGAGGUGGAGUAGGGUAAGGUGGAGUAGGGUACGUAGGUGUUUAUUGUUCUGGGGGAGGUGGAGUAGGGUAAGGUGGAGUAGGGUACGUAGGUGUUUAUUGUUCUGGGGGAGGUGGAGUAGGGUACGUAGGUGUUUAUUGUUCUGGGGGAGGUGGAGUAGGGUACAUAGGUGUUUAUUGUUCUGGAGGAGGUGGAGUAGGGUAAGGUGGAGUAGGGUACGUAGGUGUUGCCAAGCACGGAAAGCAUCCUAUGGAAAUGUCCUGUAGAAAAAGAUCACAGACAGGUUCCCUCAGAAAACCAACCUCUACUAACCUGAGGACAAUCAAACCACAGUCACACCCAUCAGAAGGUGAAGUGUUCAUGAGGAUCAUGUCUAUCUCACAUAGUGAACAAGCCAUGAGUAGUAACACACUUGAUAACAGAGACAUCGUCUCCUGGGUUACCAGAACUACCGGGCCAGGACCAGGAUGUCUGGACUUAUAACCAUUAAUGACACAAGGGAUAUUUGCAGUGUGUUGUCCAAUGUCACCAGCCCAACACAUUAUUUAUUGAAAUAACAUGACCUCAAUUUGCCCACAUUUUCUGACCCAUCUGUUGACUUCAUCUGUUCAUUUUAUUGUUUGUAUUUCUGGGUUCUGACCCAACUGUUGACUUCAUCUGUUCAUUUUAUUGUUUGUAUUUCUGGGUUCUGACCCAACUGUUGACUUCAUCUGUUCAUUUUAUUGUUUGUAUUUCUGGGUUCUGACCCAACUGUUGACCUCAUCUGUUCAUUUUAUUGUUUGUAUUUCUGGGUUCUGACCCAUCUGUUCAUUUCAUUCAUGGUCCACUAAGUAAAAAGCUCUUUGUCCUCAGAUGUACAAGUUGGACAUUGAUUUUGUAGGCUACAACACAACCCUGUCUUUGAAUUGUUACUUAUCUUAGCGUUAAUAACUUAAACAGGUUCAACAGCGAUUUAGGUAAUUCACCUUGUGGUUAAGGCAGAGCUGUGUUUUACUAGGUGUAUUCCCUGUUCUGAACCAGUUCUUGAAUCAUGUAGUUAAUGAAUAAGCGCAUAUUUGCAGAUGGUGGUAAUAAACCACAAAUAGUUUGGUAUUCCAUGUUGAGUUGUUUCCCAACACAUCUUACUGUCUGGUGCAUCUUCACCUAACAUCUAGGUAUGGCAGAUCCUUUGAGCAUCAAGUGGCUUUGUAUUUAUUUUCAGGGCAAUUCAAUUCCAGUCCUGGAGGGACGAAACACUGCUGAUAUUUAACUUCGGGUCUGGGACUGUUUUACCCCUGGGGGGCAACAAGUGAGUUCUCUUAACUGGCAGCUGGGCACAAAAAACAAGUGUUUGGCUGUGCUGGAUGGUAUUUUAACAGGCCUGUAUGAUUGGCUUGGAGAUGUUUAGAAUUAUCUUACUAUAGUAUUUGUAGUUUUCUGUCUGCAACAGGGAUCCAAAACUCUUCCCGUGUUUGCUAGGGCUGGGGCUCGUAGGUGUUCUGGCGUCAGCUGGAUAAAUAGAAAGAUAUUUACAGGGUUUGAAUUGGACCUUCAGAGUUCCAGGGCUAGGCUGCCGUCAACCUGUGAUCAGAUUUAUUCUAGCCUUAACAUGGUCUUUGUUAAGAUUUCAGGGCCUGCUGAUUGAUGUGUGUCAAAUGUACUUUCUAUUUUGAUCUGAAUAUGUGCUUAAUUAACAAUAAGGUUUGUUCACUGAUGACUGACAGACAUGUUGUCAUGACACCAAAGUUGAAGUUUACUAACUGCAGUAUUUGAUGCCAUUCUGCUGGUUUGUACUGUGAUGUACUGUAUCUGUAGCUGAGACAAUACUCCUCUCACCCCUUCUCUUUGUUUUUUUACUUCUGUCUCUUUUUUUCUAUUUAUUUCUUCUGUCUUUCUGUUUCCAUACUAUGAUGUUGCUGUAGCAAUACUACAAACAUACAUUUUGGCAAUAGCACAAAACUGAAAAUGUAAGUCUUUCAAUUGCUCUACUUUGUUGAGUUUUGGAUUUUGAAGCUUGUUUCUCUUGAUUGUAAUCAAUAAAAAACUGACAGGUCCUUAUACAAUA